UUGUGCCGUGGGUCAAAAAAAGGUUGGGAAACAGGGCAGUAAGUCAUGCAAGUUAACAAGACUUAGGGCGACAUCUAGUGGUAAAACUGUAAAUUGACGAAGCGAGUUUUCUAAGAGUUUAGUCAAAAAAUAAUCUUUAUAAUAUAUACAUUGGAUUUAGCUUUAUGUCCGUGAAAAGGUGAAAUAUUGACUACGUAUCUGUUGUAUUUAUUUCAAUAAAAUCCGUGACGUUUGCUCUACUUUAGUCUUUAGUCUGGGGCAGGACGCGGUGGGAAAUUCAACCCCUCAGAAUCCGACUGUGUUUAGACCACACGGUGGAGACGUUGAGCAGCAUUUCGUUCACCUGUGUUUUUACUGGCCUCUGGAUCUGAUUGGACCAUGUGAGUGAAAACGCUCCUCUUCCAGACUUGACUGGUUUUGUUUAUUCUCGUUCGUUCUCGAACACACACCAGCAACCAGCAGCAACCAGCAGCAACCCGCAGCAACCGGCUCGUGGGCAGUGACCGAUCUUCACUCCUUCAGAGUGGAUUCAUGAGACGAGCCUUGUUCACUUUUCGCCGACAUGUCCAGUAGUUUGUUGCUCAAAAAUCUGGAGGACCUGAGUCUGGAUCCGGGAUAUGUGGCGGGGGAUCCAAACUCCUCAACCAGCCUGUCCUCCUCCGGGAGGUCGGUGCAGUCUCAACACGCACCCUGGUGGCAGAACGCCGGUUCCCUGAACAGCAGGAACGGCAGCUGGGACACGGUGAGCACGUUCCCGGAAGAUGCAGCGGACACUCUUGCAAAAUGCCCUUCCCUGCCGGAGCUGGAGGACUCCCCGUGGACGGAGCAGGAGCUCCGGGAGGUCGUGCGUAAAGUUGCCGUUGUUGACUCUUCGUUUACACGUGAGGCAGUUCACCGCCUCUCCGUCCUGCUCCAGAGAGCGUUGGUGCGGAUCUGCAGGGAGGCGCAGCGCCUCAGUGAGCUCCACCGCCGGUGCACUCGGCUGGAGGUGCAGAGCGCCGCUAAGCUGGUGCUGAGCUGUGGUUUAGCCGAGCGAUGCGUCUCCUCGGCGGUGAGGGCCGUGUCGCUGCACUGCAUGAGCUCCGGAGACGUCGCUCGGCAGCGGGGGGAGUCUGCGCGCUGCGGUCUGACGCUCUCCGUCGGCCGGUUCUUCAGGUGGAUGGUGGAGACGCGCGUUUCCGUGCGCGUACACGAGUACGCAGCCGUCUGCCUGACAGCCUGUGUGGAGACCCUGGUGGAGGAGGUGGCAGGCAGAGCUUUAGGAGAGGCAGCGAGGCUGGACUCGGCGGAGGAGAGGGGGAGGGAGACCGCCGCGGAGAUGUUGGAAGGAGCGGUCAACAGUGACACCGAGUUGUGGGGACUCCUGCAGGUCUACGAGCAUCUCGUAUGUGGCAGGGAUUCAAACGGAGAGUUGUCGUUGCCAGGUCAGAUCAGCCCGUACACCGAGGCUCCCAAGGACCCUCAAGAAAACAGGGAGGACGCUUACGUCCAGAUAGAGCUGCGUACCCUGGAGCAGGCCCUGCUCGCAACCACCGUGGGCAGCAUCGCAGAGUGUGUGUGUGAUCUGGUUUCCAGAGCGAUGCACCACAUGCAGCGUCUACGCUACUCCAGCUCCUGUACGAGCCCGGCCCGUUCGUCAAAUCAGCCGUCAGUAACCUGGGCUUCAGACGCCCUGCGGACACUCUAUUACUUUAUAUCCAGUCCAGGGAUGGAACCGUUGGAGAACCCCAACCUGGAACUGUCCAUGACACUGAGCAGAGAGAGGCCGUCCCUGCUCCUUCCUCCGCUCAUGGAAUGGAUCCGAGUCGCUGUGGUUCACGCUGAACAUCGCCGAAGCCUAUUGGUGGACAGUGAUGACGUCAGACAAACGGCCAGACAGCUUCUCCCUGGACUGGACUGUGAGCCCCGACAACUCAAGUCGGAGUGCUGCUUCCAGUCCUUUAAAUAUCUGGAUGCAGAAGCAGCUUCAGCCAAGUUCCAGCUGGACCUGGGCUUCAGGAUGGUGUUGUGUGGACGGACUGAUCUGACCCAACAGGCCUCGCAGCUUCUGGGGGCUGAGGGCGUGAACACCAUGGAUGACCAGGGAAUGACUCCUCUCAUGUACGCCUCAGCAGCAGGAGAUGAAGCUCUGGUUCAGAUGCUCGUCGAGGCUGGUGCAAAGCUGGACCUGCAGGUUCCAAGCUUCUCCUCCACACACCCAUCUGUUCAUCCUGGGCUCAACUUUGCUGUGCUGCACAGUCCCCUCUGUGUGGCUCAGCUGCUGCUGGAGGCUGGGGCAGAUGUGGAGGGUGGAGCCCUGCUGGAGGAUCAGGAGAGUUCAGCCGAGACGCCGCUCCAGUUGGCGGCAGCUGCAGGUAACUAUGAGAUGGUGAGCCUGCUGCUAAACCACGGAGCAGACCAUCUGCUCAGAGUGCAUCAUGGGAACUCAUUGACGUCACCUCUGUAUGAAGAUAUGAACUGCUUCAGCUACGCUGCGGCGCACGGACACAGGAAUGUUCUCAGGAGGCUGUUGAUGCAGCCCGAGCACAGGAAGGAGGACAUCCUCUCCCUGGAGGAGAUUCUGGCCGAGGGAGUGGAGAAAAAUAAGGAGAAGGAGGAGGCGAAAGCUGCAGCUCAUACCGCAGUUCCUAACUCCUGCGGCCCCGCUCCGAGAAUGUGUAAGGCCAGGAUGAAGGCUCUCCAGCAGGCGGCGUACUACAGCGCUGAGCACGGCUACCUGGAUGUGACCACGGAGCUCAGAGAAAUGGGUGUUCCCUGGAGACUCCACACUUGGCUUCAGUCUCUUUCCCGGGCCCAACAUCUGGGCAGGGACGACGUCAUCGUCCGCCUCCUCACAGAGUUCUCCUCCAUCAGGACGGAGGACUACGGUCCUGAGCUGCUGUCCUCAGGAAUACCCCUCAUGUUCAGCAUGUUGGAGAGCAGCAAGGACUACGUCAUCACCAAGAGACUGGCGUCGGUUCUUGCUCACUGCUACGGCUCCUCUCCUGUCACACCGGUCCCAACGUUGGACAUGACCAUGUCCACACAGCUAGAUGUUCACUUUCUCAACAACCCCGACAUGUCUGAUGUGAUAUUUGUUGUUGAGGGACGACAGUUCUUUGCUCACCGGGUGUUGCUGAUGUCGGCUUCUGAAAGAUUCAGAAAGAUGCUGACUGAGUCAACGGACGACGUCAUUCAUAUUAAUCUCUUGACCUACGGCACUUUUCAGAUGAUGAUGAAGUCUUUAUACUGUGGAGGAACAGAGGGACUGCUCCUUUCACCGUCCGACGCAUUAAAGCUGCUGCCUGUGGCCACUUUCUUCCAGCUUAACGGUCUGCAGAGAAGCUGUGAGAUGACACUUUCAACAAAUCUAAAUCUGGACAACGCCGUCAGCAUCUACCAAAUGGCAAAGCACCACGGAGCUGCUGAACUCUUCAGGUUUUGUAAAGGAUUCUUCCUGCAGUUCAUGGAUCAACUCCUGGACAGGGAGGACUUCCACCGCCUGCUGCUCGGUGGAGUGGGACAAGAACUCCUCCGUCCAGAGUCAGACACCUGGGAUGAAGAUGGUCCAAACCUCCUGAGGGACCUGGAGGCUGCACUGAUUCAAAGACUGUACACACUUCAUACUGCAUGCCAAGAGUAGAAUCACUGGAGAUGUCGUUAGCUGUUCUGUAAAUAUUUGUUAAAAAUUGAAUUUUUUUUAACCUAUUUAAAUGUUAUUUUAUUGAUUCCAGACUUUUAAAAGUCUUUCUAAAAAAGAUUUUAAAGUAAAGUAGUAUGGAUUGUAAGCCAAAAUAAAAUAUGCUGUAAUAGGCUGUAAAAGAAAAUAUAUAUAUAUAAUUAUUAAGAUAUUUAUCUGGUGUUAACUUAAAGAUUAAGGGAAAUGAUUUUAAAGAUAUUUUCCCCCUUUUAUUUAGAGUGAGAUGGAAGCCAACUGGCAAGAAUUUUGAGUUGCAUAGUGUUAGAUAAAAUAAUAAUAGUUAAAAAAAAAAGUUAACAGAUUUUACUUAGGUUUGUUUCUGUUCUGGGUCUUAUAUUUGCCAAAUAGUGUUGUUUCCGAUAGUUGUUAAUAACAAAAUAAUAGAUUUUGCAAAAAAUGUAGCUGCAACUUCCUUUGGUGUAAAAAUGAAACGUAUGUCAUGGGAGACAUGUUGAUGUUUUACAGAUGUGUUUGAAUCAUUGUACCUAAUAACAUGUGAAAUAUGUUACUAUUUUUCUAUGAAUAAACUCCAGCAUAAAUGUCUCCAGUGUCAAAGAGAACCAUCAUGUAG